AUGGCCGUCGUCAAAGGAGGUCCCUCCAAGAAGAACAUCCAAUCCACGGGCAUCAAGCGCGUCAAGGGCGAGAACUUCUACCGUGAUGCCAAGAAGGCCAAGGUCGUAAAGCUCCUCUCCAAGGACGGCAUUGCCUCCAAAGCCAUCCGCGAUAAGAAUGGCAAAAUCAUCCAGGCUGCCGAAUUCCAGAGCAGCGAAGCUAAGCCCGGUCGUGUUCAGCCGGACAAGCGAUGGUUCGGCAACACACGCGUCAUCUCCCAGGAUGCGCUCGACCACUUCCGCACCUCGCUCGGCUCCCGCGUCAACGACCCUUACUCGGUCUUGCUCCGCAGGAACAAGCUGCCCAUGUCCCUCAUUCAGGACCCGGGUCAGGGCAAGGCCCCCUCGCUCACCACUCUUGAGCCCUACUCGGACACUUUCGGACCUGGCGCCCAGCGAAAGCGCCCGCGUCUCGAUGGCGGCAUGAGCUCUUUCGCAGAGCUCGCCGAGAGCAGCGAGCAGGCCGGUCGUGCUGCCGACGAGAAGCAGGCAGCACUCGAGGCCAAGGCUGCCGGCGUCGGCCUCGUUCCCUCGGAUUACGAGGUCGGCUCCAGCGCUCAGCGCUCCGCCAACGGCUUCACCGUCGAUGCCGACGAGCUCUACGAGAUCCCCGUCACGCGCGGCCGUUCCGAGCCAAUCUACAGCAAGGGUCAGUCUCGCCGUAUCUGGGGUGAGCUCUACAAGGUCAUCGACUCGUCCGAUGUCAUCAUCCACGUCCUCGAUGCCCGUGACCCGCUCGGCACCCGCUGCCGCAGCGUCGAAAAGCACAUUCGCGAUGACAAGCCGCACAAGCAUCUCGUCUUCCUCCUCAACAAGGUCGAUCUCGUCCCGACUUGGGUCACUGCUCGAUGGGUCAAGAUACUCUCCAAGGAGUACCCGACGAUCGCUUUCCACGCCUCGAUCAACAACUCGUUCGGUAAGGGCUCGCUCAUCCAGCUGCUGCGCCAAUUCAGCGUGCUGCACUCGGACAAGAAGCAGAUCAGCGUCGGUUUCGUCGGCUACCCGAACACGGGCAAGAGCUCCAUCAUCAACACGCUCAAGAAGAAGAAGGUGUGCAACGUCGCACCCAUCCCCGGAGAGACCAAGGUGUGGCAGUACAUCACGCUCAUGCGCCGCAUCUACCUCAUCGACUGCCCCGGUAUCGUGCCCGUUUCCGCGCACGACUCCGAGACGGGCACGGUGCUCAAGGGUGUGGUGCGCGUCGAGAACCUCGAGACGCCUGCCGAGCACAUCCCGGCGCUCCUCUCGCGAGUCAAGCCCGAGUACAUCCGCCGCACCUACAACCUCGAGAAGUGGACCAACUCCGAGGACUUCCUGGGUCAGAUCGCCAAGCGCAUGGGCAAGCUGCUCAAGGGUGGCGAGCCCGACCUCGAGACCGUGGCCAAGAUGGUGCUCAACGACUGGAUCCGCGGCAAGAUCCCGUUCUUCGUCGCGCCGGCCGAGGACGCCGCCAGGGCUGCCAAGGGCAAGGCCAAGGCUUCUGCCGAAGAGGUGGAGGCAGCGACGGCUGCUGCCUCGGCCGACAGUGCCCAGGACGACGAGCAGGACGCAGCGAUUGACAAGCUGCUCAAGAAGAAGAAGGUCAAGGGUGUCGAGCAGCCGCUCAAGCAGAUCGCUGUGGCCACCAAGUUCACGCGCGAGGACAUCGAGGCCGGUCGCCCCGAGGACUACGUCAUGGAACGCGACGAGGACGAGCCCGUGCCCGAGCUUGCUGUGGAUGAAGAUGCCACCUUUGACAGCGACAACGAGGGCGCCGAGGACGAUGACGACGACGAAGACUCCGAGGAGGAGGACGGCGAUGCGCUCGAAGACCUCAACUGGGACGACGUUUUCCAAGGCGGCUCCGGCGAUGAGGAGGAGCAGGACGACGAGGAGGCAGGCGACGUUACAGCAAAGUCGUCGCCAGGCAAGCGAGCCAGCGCUGCCCAGGACGACGAGGAGAGCGACGAGGCCGACAGCAAGCAUCGCAAGACCAAGAAGGAGCCACGCAUGAAGACGAGCAAGCGCAAGGCCGAGAACUACUACACCCACGCCAACGUCAAGAACAAGAGCAGGCGUGGCAAGCCGGACGCUGCCGAGCCCAAGUCCAAGGAGCGCGGACCCAAGGUCGGCGCCAACGGCAAGGGCGCCAAGCAGCAGCGCCGCAAGUAG